UUUUUACCGGCUUUUAAAUCUCUAUAAAUAAAUACCACGUAUUGAAUCGAGGAAGCGACAACCGGACCGCUACGAGUUAUUUAUUUGUUACAUAAAAGAGGAGCAUGCAUCUGAACUGCGUUCGACGGGAAUAGAUUACUUGCCUUAAAAGCAAAUAAAUCUUCCGCGGAAUAGGAAGUAGGUUAAGCAAAACAAUAGAAAACCAAGGAGUAACGGAUCGAGUGCGCACACUGAAACAUAAAUUUGUAGAAAAUUUACACUUCAAUAAUUCCGCUUCCUUGGAUACACUUUCAAGAUCCGCGAACAUGCCUCUUCUUAAUCACGUUCUAUUGAAAAUGUUCGAUUUGGAAUCUAUGUGUUUGAUCGGAGGCGUCUUCGUUAUAUCCGCAGGCACUUUGUUUAUUAUCGAUUAUUUAUUUAAAAAUAAGAGUUACGAAGAGGCGGUGGCCGAGCAGAGGCAGCAGAACAGCGCUUUGUACAAUUCUCAGCGUCCGAAGCCGAAGGAGAAGAAGCAAAAAAAGAACAAUAAAAAGGUAAAAGAAAAGAGGUCUUCUAAGGACAAGGAAACUGAUAGCGUUGAUGAUUCGGAGAAUCAAACUUCUGAUGCUGGUGAGUCUAGCAAGUCUCACCACGUCGAGUUCACCGAGGUCACCGUCAUCGAAGAUGUAGCCAAGGAGUCAUGCAGCGCUAAGAGGAAGCAAAAGAAAGAUGUGGUCCGGCCCAUACUGGUGAACAGGGACUCGUCCGCUGAAAAUAUUCAGUGUAACGUAGAACCUGUCUCGCCAGCCAAUCACUUCGAGGAGUUGCAUCCCAAAGACGAAUUCGAGUUGUUGAAUUCGCAUAAGGAUGAUUCUCCGAAAGAGUCUCCAAAGGGCAAGGGGAAGAAGCAGAAUAUCGAGAACGAGCCCCCUAAGCAACAAAAGUCCGAGAUGCAGAAGAACAAAAAGUCUUCCAAGUCUCAGUCUAACGAGGGGAAGAAAACGGUCGAUGUAGUGGACAAACCGAUUACGCCUGAACCAGUUUUCAUAUUACCGGUUGAGGUUACUGCAUCUGCAACAGUCUCUGCUAAUCCUCCUCCUCCAAAAGAUAAGAAGAAGAAAAAGAGCGAAAUCAGUACACUUCAACAACUAGCUGGCGAUAAAUCGCAAGAAGUGAAUAUUUCCAUUUUGAUGCCUUUGGUGCGUAACGCUGAAAUGUCUCGUGAUGAAGUUCAAAUUCUUAUUGAUAUGUUACUAAACAAGCAGCAGGAUGCUCCGGUUGCCGAUGAAUGGAGCGAAGGUAAAGCCGAUCCCAUUCAGAAGCUGAAGAGACAGCUAGCUGAAAAGGAAAAGCUCGUCGUUGAAUUGGAAGAGUCCCUGACUGGAAGCCAGAACAAGUUGCGCGAAAUCCGCGCCGAUUUUAACGCCGACAGAGCUAUACUUCAACAAAACGUGCGCGACCACUUGGAGAACAUCAAUAAGUGCAAUGCAGAGCGUCAGGCCAUCGAGAACAAAAAUCAAAUUUUGAGUAAGCAAUGCAAGCACUUCAGCGACGAACACAUCAAGAUAAUGGAUCAGUUCAACAAUCUUCAAUUGAAACAUCAACAGCUGGAAGUGCACCUCGCCCAGAAACAAGAAACUGAAUUAAAUCAAUUGCAAUUGCUUGAGCAAAAGUUGAAGGAGGAUCUUGCGGAGAGGGAGCACAAAAUUGCCGAUUUACUUCGCAUCAAUGAAGAACUAGAGUCGAAUCUCCACUUGGAAAUGCAGAAUAAGGUUAAAUCGAGGCAGAUUGCGGAUGAGGCAAUGUGCAUGAAGCAACAGCUCGAAGUAAUUCAUGAGCAGAAAGAGGAGGAGAUCAAAUCUUACAAGAGCGAUAUAAUGCAUUUGAAAAGUGAACAGGUAGCCCUGUCCGAGGUUAACAAUCAGCUGAAGAACGAAAUCGCAAAUCUGCAAACGGAAAGCGCUCAAUUCGCCGACCGCAUCGAUAACGUUGAAAAAGCAAAGGCAUCUUUGGUCGAAGAGACAUCACAGUGGCACGACGAAAAUGCGAAGCUACAAGAGGAGAACGCUGCUCUUUCAAGCGAGAAGGCAACAUUGCAGCAGGAGAAGUCUGCCGAGGAGGAGGAGAAAUUGAAACUGGCAAAGGAGAUGGAUGAAAUCAAAGGACUGAAACUGAAACUGGAGACUGAUAUUUCUAAGCUGGUUGAGGAAAACAAGAAACUGCAAUCAAACAUCGUCGUUUUAAUCGAAGAUAAGGAAGCAUUAGAGGCCAAGUCCACUGGAACUCUUGAAACCAACGAGAAGCAGAUGGUUCAGUUGCAAGCUGAACUGACCGACGCGAAUUUGAACUUCCAAAAAAUGAAAGAGCAGUUGCAUAAGCAACUCGAAGAACAGAGGAAUAAGAAUAAUGAUUUGCGGCAAAAGAAUUGGAAAGUGAUGGAGGCUUUAAAUGCAGCGGAAAGUAGAUCUAAAGCGCAGGAAAAGCAGCCAAUUAUUAACUUGGAUCUUAUGAUCACAAACGCAAGAGCUGAAGAGCAGCAAGCCGGUAAGGACUUUGUUCAAAGGCUGUUCCCCAGCAUCCAAGUGCCAUCGAGUCUUCCACACGAUAAAUGGGAAGAGCAAGUCGUGAAAUCAGUAGAAGACCAAUUGCAAAAGUUGAAAGCGGCUGCCGCCGUCGGCAAAGUAGAUCAUUCAGCGGAUUUGGCUAGAAUGACGUCAAAGAUAUCAGACUACAAGAAAAUAAUUGAUGAAACGGAGGGAAUGUUGAGCAAGCUGCAUAAUCACAUCGAAACUGAGGAGAUUCGUUGGAGGAAGGAAUUGAGGAGCAAGGACGAGCAGAUCGAGAGGCUUGAAGCUGAGGCUCAGCUUUCGAAACAGGUAGAAUCAGAAAUGGAUGUCAGUUUAAAUAAAUCCAUUGAAGUGAAAAAAAAUGUCUCAACAAAGAGUCAAAACCAUAGCAACCCGACAAACGGCCCAACGCCGUCUGCAAUCUCUCAUGAUCUAACGCUAUCAACCGCUUCAAGUGCCACCUCAUCCAUAACCGAAGAGUCUGUGAAAAAGAAUAAAAAGAAAAAGAAAAAGAACAACGGAAAAUAAGGACGCAGUACUUUAAAUACUAUCUUUUUUCUAAGCCUAAACUUAGUUUAUUAAUUUAUAUUAUUAUUUUUUUACUCAACUCAUUACUAUUUGCAUUCUAAUUAAAUAACUAAAAAAAUAUAAGUAUAUAUAUAUAAAAAAAAACUCAGUGAUAUCUCAUUCCGAUUUACUAAAACGAAGAUAUAGAAAUUUAAAAAUAAUCUUUUACAAAUAAAAGCAAUUGAUUGUUCUCAGAUCAUGUGUGCAAUAAACGAAAUCUUUUUUUAUGUCAAACAGUUUCGUAAACUAAACAAAAAACUAUGUUUAACAAUUGAUUUUACUACAUGUGUAAAUAAGAAUAUUUAUAAUAUAGCAAAGCUUCUGUACUCAAAUUUAUUAUUUUAUUCCUUUUAUUAUGUUUUUCUUUUUUUUUGUGUUUACAUCUGUGCUUAUAUUUAUAUAUCUAUACAUAAAAUAGAAUAGGAUUUUCUAAAGGAAAAAAAAACUAUAAAAAACAAAACAAACUAAGGGAUAGGAUGAAAAUUAAAAGUUGUAUUGCAUCGAGGAUAUGAAUUAUUGAAAGGAGAAAAUCGAAAACCAUGUAACAUGAAUAAAAAAAUUUAUUACGCUAAA